CCCCCCUUGAAAGUUUGGAGAAUUCGCAAGUGUCACAGCUGAAAUGAUUUUGCAUUAGGGAUUUCAAUGACCGGUAAGAGCUAUUACAGAGGAAAACGCCUUCUCAAACACAAUAGCUACGCGGAAAGAUGACACAUACAAAUAUUUCUGGAGCAGACAAGAUAAUGGCUUCCCAGUGGACUCGGGCAAACAGUGCAGAGAAGGUGCCCCACACUCGAAUAGAGGAUGAAUCCAGCAUACAGAAAAUCUAUUCCUUUGGGAGGAUAUUAGGUCAAGGCAACUUUGGGGUCGUCUGCGAAGCCACUCACAUCGAGACGCAGAGGAAGUGGGCAAUUAAGAAAGUGAACAAAGAGAAGGCUGGCACUUCUGGUGUGAAACGUCUGGAAAGAGAAGUGAGCAUAUUGAAACAAGUGAAACAUGAACAUAUUAUACAUCUGGAGGAAGUCUUUGAGACACCGAAGAGGAUGUACCUUGUGACUGAGCUUUGUGAGGGAGGUGAUCUGAAGGAUCUCCUGCAGAAGAACAAGCGUUUCACUGAGGAGGAGACCAGACAUAUCAUCAGAAGCUUAUCUGAAGCAAUUGUUUAUCUGCACAAAAUAGACAUUGUUCAUCGUGACCUCAAACUGGAAAACAUUCUUGUGAAGAGUUGUCACCAAGGCAACGAUAACGAUAUGGUCAAUAUCAAGGUCACAGAUUUCGGACUCUCUGUGCAGAAAGGUGGUGUGGGCAUUGAGAACAUGCUGCAGGCCACCUGCGGGACGCCCAUCUACAUGGCACCUGAGGUGAUUAAUGGUCACCAGUAUAGCCAACAGUGUGAUGUGUGGAGCAUCGGCGUCAUCAUGUACAUGCUGCUGUGUGGAGAGCCUCCUUUCAAAUCCAGUUCUGAGGAGAGACUUUCUGAGAUGAUCAAGAAAGGGGAGCUCAUUUUCUCUGGGCCCGUGUGGUGCACAGUUAGUGACGCAGCAAAAAAUGUAUUGCAAUCUUUGUUGAAAGUUGACCCAGCUCACCGCAUCACAGCCAGUGAGUUGCUAGAUAACCCUUGGAUCGCGGGGGACACCUCCACCUCCGCCACACAAACAAAUGUCUUGGAGAUGAUGCGUCAGUUUCGGAACGCUCCAGAGGAUAAAGAGUGUGUGGAGUUGAGUGAGGGGCUGCACAACCUCUCUGUCAUUCCCUCUCAGGACAGAGGACCUCCAGAACUUUUAGAAACCCCAGCACCUCAUCUGGAGGAAGACACAGACAACAACUGCAGCAAACCCUCCACUCCCAACAAGAAGCCUCUGAAAAAGAAAUUAUCACACCCAUCCUCUAACGGUGUAAAGAAGAGUGGAUCUGGUGCAAAGGCCUGCAGCACCCUCAACACAUCCACUGCACAGUCCCACACAGGUAACAAACCCCCUGCUCAGCCAAGCACAAAGAGCUACAGCAAGGCCUCUUCCAUCUCAGGAUCCUGCCUCAAAACAUCAUCACCAGCAGAAGCAGUCACUGCAUCAUCAAACUCAAGCAGGCGUGAAAGCUCGUCCCCACGGCCCUCCAUCACUUCCAUCCACCGUUCCACCAAUCCAGCCUCUGGCUUCCGGGUUAAAAAACACAGCUAGACCUAAGUGUUGAGACUGGUUGGGUGGUCGUAUCAAGUGCCAAAGGUUAGGAAUGCUUUUCCAGGUGUCAACUGGUGUGUGGUGGGCCUGCUGGAAAUAGUAAAGAAGUAAAACUGUAUUUUAUCCACUCAUGUAAAAAUGUGUAUUUGGCAAAGAGGUGAGAUGACAUUUUGAGCAUUUUUAGUCUCCUUAUGCCAACUGCAAACUACAAGACUACAAGCUCGUCACCCUGCACACAUUUAAAGACUCACAGUUUCAUGUGUUCUGUCAUGUUGGUGCAUACUUUACACAACUAAUCAGAGAUUAGGUGCGUCAAUUACAAGGUUAUUCUCCCUGACUGUGGUUAUUAUUCUGAAAUUUGUUAUCACAAAACUCAUGCACAUUGCGACACAGAUGUGAUGGUAUCACAAUGUGUCAACAAAUAACUUGAAGGAAGGGCUUGUGGAUGUUUGCACAGAUCAAAAAUUAUAUAAAUAAAGAACCAAAAAUAUAGAUGAAACAGUGCUUAGUGAGAUGUGGGGAACAGUUUGAUGAGUUUCUUUUUUCCACUUCCUAAUGCCUAGUCCUUCUCUUAUGCCCUUUCACUCUCUCAUAGUUUCUUUGGCUGUUGUUAAUUGGUGCGUUCUCAUUAGUCAGUGCAUCUGAAAACUGGUCAGACAAAUUUCAAACCAGAAAUUGUUUGUGUCUGUAAUUUGUUGCAGCAUGUCUCACAACAAGUGUGCACACUUUGAGCAAUAGUGACGUGCUGUGAGUUGGCUACAGUCUGUUUUUUGUUUUGUUUUUUUUGUCACCUACUUAAUUUAAAGGGCAAUAAACUUCAGUCUAAUAGUGUGCACUUGGCUUUAUUAGGGUGCUUCUUAAUAGGUAUGUUGCCCUUUGUAUGAUUUGGACACAGGUAUUCUCUUUUGAGGAUGAGCUACAAGGUUUUUCUCUACUGCCCUCAGUCAUUUUAGCCAAAAAAAAAAAAAAAACCAAACAAAAAAAACCCUACAUGCUGCUAUAGUUUUUUGGACCUAGAACAUAUCACUGCGAUAUUGCCCUAUAUGACGUGAUAAUAUAGAUUUUUCUGUUCAUGACUUGUGUGAAAAGUCACCUUAAAGCACAUUGACAUGCAAUUAGAGAAUAAAAGUAGUACACGUUUUUUAAAUUUUUAUGAAGGACUAUGAAGAAUGUAUUGAUUGUAACAGCGUUUAAUAGCUUUACUUCUGUGUUUUGUAACUGUUAAUACUGCACGUAAUAAGUCAUUCAAUGCAAUCUACAAACAGAACGCAGUAUUCACCACUUUCAAUUAAAGCAAAUGUCACAA